AUGGGCAAAUCUCAGUCCAAGCUCUCCCAGGAGCAGCUAGCUGAACUGCAGAAGUCCACCCAUUUCGACAAGAAGGAGUUGCAGCAAUGGUACAAGGGCUUCCUCAAGGAUUGCCCCUCGGGCAUGCUCACCAAAGAAGAGUUCCAGAAGAUAUAUAGGCAAUUCUUCCCCUUCGGUGACCCAAGUUCAUUUGCAGAUUAUGUCUUCAACGUCUUCGACAGCGACAAGUCGGGUAGUAUCGACUUCAAGGAGUUUAUCUGCGCCCUCAGUGUUACCAGCCGAGGCAAGAUGGAGGACAAACUCGACUGGGCUUUCCAGCUGUACGACAUUGAUGGGGAUGGAAAGAUCAGCUACGAUGAGAUGCUCAAGAUCGUCGAAGCAAUCUACAAGAUGGUCGGCUCCAUGGUUAAGCUCCCUGAAGACGAAGACACCCCCGAGAAGCGCGUACGGAAAAUCUUCCGUAUGAUGGACAAGGACGAGAACGGCAGCCUAGACAUGGAAGAGUUCAAGGAGGGAAGCAAACGUGACGAGACCAUUGUAUCGGCACUGUCUCUCUACGACGGCCUGGUGUAG